CAGGCUCACUCAUAUACGGCGUGCGGGCCAGGGCUGUGUGCUCGCGAUGGCAUCUGCUCAGUGGCCCUGCCUCCUUUUGGUCCUGUCCUCUGGCUUGGUGGCUUCUGGCUUCCAAAAAAGCCCCUCCCGGUCGCUUGGGAAACGGAGCCUCCCGGAUGGGGUGGUCAGAGGCAUUGAGGUCUACAGUACCAAGAUCAGCUGCAAGGUGACCUCCCGCUUUGCUCACAAUGUUGUCACCACGAGGGCUGUCAAUCGUGCAGACACCGCCAAGGAGGUGUCUUUUGAUGUGGAGCUGCCCAAGACAGCCUUCAUCACCAACUUCACCUUGACCAUUGACGGCGUCACCUACCCUGGGAACGUCAAGGAGAAGGAGGUCGCCAAGAAGCAGUAUGAGAAGGCUGUGUCCCAGGGCAAGACAGCUGGCUUGGUCAAGGCCUCCGGGAGGAAGCUGGAAAAAUUCACCGUGUCAGUCAACGUGGCUGCGGGCAGCAAGGUCACCUUCGAGCUGACCUACGAGGAGCUGCUCAAGAGGCACAAGGGCAAGUACGAGAUGUUCCUCAAGGUCCAGCCCAAGCAACUGGUCAAGCACUUUGAGAUCGAGGCAGACAUCUUCGAACCCCAGGGCAUCAGCUCGCUGGACGCAGAGGCCUCAUUCAUCACCAAUGACCUCCUGGGAAGCGCCCUCACCAAGUCCUUCUCAGGAAAAAAGGGCCACGUGUCCUUCAAGCCCAGCUUGGACCAGCAGCGGUCCUGCCCUACCUGUACAGACUCCCUCCUCAACGGCGACUUCACCAUCACCUACGACGUGAACAGGGAGUCUCCAGCCAACGUGCAGAUAGUCAACGGCUACUUUGUGCACUUCUUUGCACCCCAAGGCCUUCCAGUGGUGCCUAAGAAUGUGGUCUUUGUGAUUGAUGUCAGCGGCUCCAUGUACGGUCGGAAAAUGGAGCAGACAAAGGACGCCCUGCUCAGAAUCCUGGAGGACGUGAACGAGGAGGACCACCUGAAUUUCAUCCUGUUCAGUGGCCAGGUCACCACGUGGAAGGACAGCUUAGUCCGAGCCACUCCGGAGAACACCCAGGAAGCCAGGGCGUUUGUGAAGAGUAUCAAAGACCAAGGAAUGACCAACAUCAACGACGGGCUGCUGAGGGGCAUCAGCAUGCUGAACAAGGCCCGGGAGGAGCACAGAGUCCCAGAGAGGAGCACCUCCAUUGUCAUCAUGCUGACCGACGGGGAUGCCAAUGUUGGGGAGAGCAGACCGGAGAAAAUCCAAGAGAACGUGCGAAACGCCAUUGGGGGCAAAUUCCCCUUGUAUAACCUGGGCUUUGGCAACAAUCUGAAUUAUAACUUCCUGGAGAGCAUGGCCCUGGAGAACCACGGGCUUGCCCGGCGCAUUUACGAGGAUUCUGAUGCCAACUUACAGCUGCAGGGUUUCUACGACGAGGUGGCCAACCCGCUCCUGACGGGUGUGGAGGUGGAGUACCCCGAGAACGCCAUCCUGGACCUCACCCAGAACGCGUACCAGCACCUCUAUGACGGCUCUGAGAUCGUGGUGGCUGGGCGCCUGGUGGACCAGGACGUGAACAGCUUUAAGGCGGAUGUGAAGGGCCAUGGGGCCAUCAAUGACCUGACCUUCACAGAGGAGGUGGACAUGAACGAGAUGGAGAAGGCUCGGCGGGAGCAGGACUACAUUUUUGGGAACUACAUUGAGCGGCUCUGGGCCUACCUCACCAUUGAGCAGCUGCUGGAGAAACGCAAGAAAGCCCGUGGUGAGGAGAAGGAGAACCUCACGGCCCAGGCCCUGGACCUGUCCCUCAAAUACCACUUUGUGACCCCACUGACCUCCAUGGUGGUGACCAAGCCCGAGGACAGUGAGGACCAGACGGCCAUCGCUGACAAGCCCGGGGAAGGGCCUGUGGACGCAGUGACCCCCUCCUCCGCUUACCUGACCAGCUACCAGCCCCCUCAGACACCCUACUACUACGUGGACGGGGACCCCCACUUCAUCAUCCAAGUCCCAGAGAAAGACGAUGCCAUCUGCUUCAACAUCGAUGAAGCCCCGGGCACGGUGCUGCGCCUCAUUCAGGACCCUGUCACAGGCCUCACGGUCAAUGGGCAGAUCAUCGGUGAGAAGAGAGACAGCCCUGAUUCCAAGGCCACAAAGACGUACUUCGGUAAAGUGGGCAUUGCCAGGGCCCCCAUGGACCUCCGGAUCGAGGUGACCCCGGAGAAGGUCGCCAUAUGGAACGGGGCUGCACAGAGCAUCUUCAGCUGGCUGGACACAGUCACCGUCACACAGGAUGGGCUAUCCGUGAGGAUCAACAGGAAGAAGAACAUGGUGGUCUCCUUUGGCGAUGGGGUUACCUUUGUGGUUGUCCUGCACCAGGUGUGGAAGAAACAUCCUGUCCACCAGGACUUUCUGGGCUUCUAUGUGGCAGACAGUCGCCGGAUGUCGGCACAGACACAUGGGCUGCUGGGACAAUUCCUCCACCCCUUUGACUUUAAAGUGUCUGAUGUCCACCCGGGCUCUGAUCCCACGAAGCCAGAUGCCACAAUGGUGGUGAAGAACCACCGGCUGACAGUCACCAGGGGCUCCCAGAAAGACUACAGGAAGGAUGUCAGCACCGGCACGAAGGUUGCCUGCUGGUUCGUCCACAACAAUGGGCAAGGGCUGAUUGAUGGUGUCCACACCGACUACAUUGUCCCGGAUCUGUUCUGAGCAGACACGCCAGCUCCUGCUGAGAUGGCUGCCUCGGCUCACCUGGCGUGUGGACAGGGACACAGAGGGGGACCGAGGGAGGGCUCGGACAAUAAAGGCCGAGGGCAAGACUGCCA